AUGCCGAGAAAGAAUGAGGAGCAGAAGCCCCUGCAUGAAGUGCCUGAGGUGGUGGAGCCUCCCGCGACUUUACCCACAAGAUCCCAGAGCCCCGAGUGGGGAGGAGCCCGGGAGACUCGGUGCGGAUCAGAAAAGCGGCGGAGGAACCUGCCGGCACAGAGCCGGGGUAAAUCUGCUCAGGUGGGCGAUGGCCUCACCCAUACGUGCACGGACUGCGGGAAGAGCUUCAACAAGAGCUCGUCUCUGAUCAUCCAUCAGAGAACCCACACGGGGGAGCGGCCCUAUGCCUGCCCCGAGUGCGGGAAACGCUUCACCCAGAGCUCCACCUUCCUGCGGCACCAGCGGAUCCACACUGGCGAGCGGCCCUACGACUGCGCCGAGUGCGGAAAGAGCUUCCGGGUCAGCUCCCACCUGGUCCGGCACCAGCGGAUCCACACGGGCGAGCGGCCUUACGUGUGCGCUGAAUGCGGGCGGAGCUUCAGCGUCAGCUCCCACCUGGUGCAGCACCAGCGGACGCACACGGGCGAGCGGCCCUACCGCUGCGCAUGCGGGAAGAGCUUCAGCCUGAGUUCCCACCUCAUGCAGCACUGGACCAUCCACACGGGCGAGCGGCCCUACCAGUGCGCCCAGUGUGGGAGGAGCUUCUCCAUGAGCUCCGCCCUCAUCAGGCACCAGAGACUCCACACGGCGGACGCGCCCCGCCAGUGCGCCCAGUGCGGGAAAAGCUUCAGCCGCGGCUCAGAGCUGAGCGAGCACCAGAAGAUCCACACGGGGGAGCGGCAGCACGAGUGCGCCCAGUGCGGGAGGAGCUUCGGCGCAAGGUCCAAUCUCCUCCAGCAUCAGCGGACCCACGCGGGCGACAGGCCCUACACCUGUGCCCACUGUGGGCGGAGCUUCAGCCGGAGCUCAAACCUUAUUACACACCAGAGAAUCCACACAGGCUAA